AUGAGUGCACUCACUGUACUCCUGGGGGCACUGAUUCCACUGUAUAUCGCUUACUCUAUCUGGUCAUGGCAUCGCCUGUCACACAUUCCGGGUCCAUUCUGGGCAGCUUGGACCAAGUUCUGGAUCAUUCGCGAGUCGUAUUUUGGGAGACAGCCUACAACCUUGAGGGAUGUGACUGAUCGGUAUGGCACAUUAGCACGCGUUGGCCCAAAUGAACUUGUUACGAGCGACCCUGAACUUUUACGGAAGAUUAUGUCGGUCCGAUCUGCGUACUCAAGAGGUCCAUGGUACGAUGCGUGGAAGCUUGAGGCUGGAACACACAACCUGUUCUCUAUGCGCGACGAGGUAGCACACACUAGUUUACGGAAGAAGAUGACAGCUGGAUACUCUGGCAAGGAGAACGAAUCCAUGGAGCAGACCAUAGAGAUACAAGUUGCAAAACUCAUUGAACUCAUCAAGUCAAAGUACGUAUCGAGUGCAUCUAGCUAUCGUUCGGUAGAUCUAGCAGAAAAGCUCCAGUACUUGACGCUCGAUGUCAUUAGUGACCUCGCCUUUGGGAAGCCCCUUGGAUACUUGCAACAAGACGCGGAUCCCUAUGACUACCUCCAGUCUAUGGACGCGUCAAUGCCAGUUCUUGCAGUCCUAGGCAACAUACCGUGGCUCGCGGAUCUAUUCCACUCGCCGCUGCUCCGGCGGUUUCUGCCUUCGGAGCUAGAUAAGGGCGGUUUUGGAGCUCUCAUAGGAUUCUCCAAGCGGGUUGUCGCCGAACGCUUUGAUGAAACUGCUGUGUCGCAGCCUGAUAUGCUAGGCUCGUUCAUUCGACACGGACUCGAUCAGAAAGCAGCGGCUGGAGAAGCACUUCUACAGGUUGUCGCAGGCACAGAUACCACAGCUACUGGUCUCAAGAUCAUUAUGAUGCACAUCAUGACCAAUCCUACGGUUUACAAAAGGCUUCAGGAGGAGAUCGAUAGCAGCGUUGCCAACGGUACUGUGUCGUCCCCCGUGAAAGAUAUCGAAGCGCGCCAAAUGCCAUAUCUUCAAGCUGUCAUCAAAGAAGGCCUGCGCAUGAAGUCGCCAGCUGGUGGUGCUUUCUUCAAGACCGUACCAUCAGGUGGUGACGUAAUCAAUGGUCUUUUCGUGCCUGCAGGCACGGAGAUCGGUGUUUCGCAUCUAAGUUUUCUCCACUCGAAGCAGAUAUUCGGAAGUGAUGCCAUGGUAUUCAGGCCGGAACGCUGGCUUGAAGCUGAUCCCGAGUAUCUGACGAAGAUGAAUAGCGUAGUUGAUCUCAUCUUUCACGCCGGAAAGUACCAGUGUCUUGGGAAGUCCGUCGCUCUGAUGGAAUUCAACAAGCUCUUUGUCGAGCUCUUGAGGGCAUUCGACUUUUCCAUUGUCAACGUCGAAAAGCCUGCUCACGUCACGAAUGCGGGCGUCUGGCUUAUCAAGGAUUUCUGGGUGCGCAUUUCGUUACGGUACUAA